UUCAAACUCUUCUUCAUACCCGCGCACUAAAGCAAGAAUCCGUUGAUUUAAAUUAAUAUUUUUUAGCUCUUAUUUUCCAUUCUUUGAAAUCAACAAAAUAAAUCCUAAAAAACCCCUUGCAAGAAAGAGAGUAUUUUUCCAAAAAGUUUCUUUCUUUAUUUGAAAGAAAAAAGCCCAAAAUAUAUAUUCUUUCAGAUUCAUCAUUCCAUCACUCUUCCAUUUCCCUUCUCUUUAAAGUUUUAAUUCUUUUUAUCCAUUAUAGAUCUACCCUUUUCGAUUCUACGUAUAUACAUGUACAUUUGAAUCACAAAGCUCAAGCUUUUAUUGACCAUAUAAUUGGUGGAGACGUUUUGAUUCUAUUUUCUAAGUAUAAACAGGAAAAAGAAAGGGUUAGCAUCCGAGGAAUAACGGAGUAGAAGGGGGAAACAAAGCAUAGAGUUAUUGAGAGUAAUAAGGAUUCCGUUUGAACCCAACAGUGAGUUUUGUAGUAAAAAAGAUAAAAGAGAGGGAAGUGGAAGCAUUGGUUCCCUUUUUCAUGGUUUUUUUUUUUUAUAAUAAAGGGUUGGCUUUUUGAGGAUGCUACUUGGGUUUUAAUAAAAGGGAAGGGAGCGUCAAGGAAGGCCAGCAACUAAGAGCGACAGAGAUUAGAGUAAAGAAGAAAAAGAAUAUGCAGGAAACAAAGAACAAGAAUGGUGGCAAUGAAGAUUCCAAGAAGAAGGAGCGUCAUAUAGUGACGUGGACUCAAGAGGAAGAUGAUAUACUUCGAGAACAAAUCAGUUUACAUGGAACUCAAAACUGGGCGAUCAUUGCCUCUAAAUUCAAGGAUAAAACCACAAGGCAGUGCAGAAGAAGAUGGUACACAUACUUGAAUUCUGAUUUCAAGAAAGGAGGAUGGUCACCAGAGGAAGAUAUGCUUUUAUGUGAGGCUCAAAAAAUAUUUGGCAAUAGAUGGACAGAAAUAGCAAAGGUGGUUUCAGGCAGAACUGAUAAUGCUGUUAAAAAUCGUUUCUCCACACUGUGCAAGAAGAGAGCCAAAUAUGAAGCUUUGGCCAAAGAGAAUAGUAAUUCAUGUAUAAAUCCUAAUAACAAAAGAAUUUUACUCCAAAAUGGGUUCAAUACAGAUGGAACAACUGAUAGUGCUGCCCUUGUUAAGAGAAUGAGGUACCAUAGCAUAAAUGAUAAAUGUAGAAUUAUGUAUAUACAUAGUAAUGGCCUCAAGUCGAAAUCCUUUUUAUUUCCCCAUUUCAGGAGAUCCCACAUUCCUGAUCUCACUGAAAGUUGCAACUUUGGAGAUAGAGCACAUAGAGUAUCUGGAACAAUCAUCAAUCAGCAGCUAAGGCACCCAUUUGCUGUAUUGGGUCAAAAUCUCCACAAUGCGAAUAACUUGGUGCAACCUCAGGUCAACAAGGUUAAGGAUGUCUCCGAUGAUGCUCAGAGUUAUAGAACUCAAGGAACAUUUCUCAAAAAGGAUGAUCCUAAGAUAACUGCUUUGAUGCAGCAAGCGGAGCUACUCAGCUCACUUGCAUUGAAGGUUAACACAGACGGUACAGAAGAGAGUCUGGAAAAUGCUUGGAAGGUCCUUCAAGAUUUUUUGAAUCAGAGUAAAGAAAAUGACACCUUCAGAUAUACAAUCUCUGAUAUUGAUUUUCAAAUUGAAGAUUUCAAAGACUUGCUUGAGGAUUUAAGGAGUAGUAAUGAGGGAAGUCAACAAUCUUGGAGGUAACAGAUAAAUCAGUUA